AUGCCUAAGGAUGUUAAGCUGUGGGAUAUUCUUGAACAUCUGGCGUGUUAUCGAAACACUAUGGAUGGCCAGCUUCAGCUAGACAAGAAAUUCUGUGACGAUACAGGGGACAAUAGAAAGCCUAAGCCGAAUGGAAAGCUACAAAAGCUGGCUUGGUCGCUUGAGGGCGGAAAAGAUCCUUUGACUGUUAAGGAGUGGAUUGACAGUAUUCAGUCUACAUCUACUGGUGGUCCUGACCUCCCAGAUGCUCUCAGCGAAUGGGAUGAAAAGCAUUUCGACGGCCAGAUCGGUGGCUUUAGUCGGCUUGGGAAGUCUUUUGAGACCGCUCUAGGCUCAGAACGCAAGGUUGCACUCUGGGAGUUUCGCGGAUUAGGCGACAUUACAGAAAGCCAAAUGUCAAAAUAUCUUGAGGCAAUUCAGAGACAGGUUGUAGAGUUCCAUAAGAAGUACUCUGAAUCACUGCCAUAUUAA